UGCUUUACGUUUCAAUGUUCCUAAUUGUUAUUGGUUAGGUAAAAUCAAAUUCGACUAGAUAUUCGUAGUGAAAACGAAACGUUUUUAACUAGAAUCCGAGCAAAAAUCACACGAAGAAAAGUCGAAAAGUUCGACAAAAUUCAACGACGUUCGCUGAGUUCAACAAACGAACGAGAGAAAAAAAUCCCAAAAUAAACACAAGGCGUGCAUACAAUGAAAACAUUCUAUAAGCCUGACGAGAUGGAGUCAGAUGAUUUGGAUGAAUUGGAAGAACAAAACGAGACAAAUGACGAUAUUUUGAUUGGUUUUGCUGAUGAAGGCGAUGAGGUGGAGAUCGGUGGUGUUGUCCUUGCCGAAGCGACCGAUUCGGAUGACAGUUUUUCGGAAAAUGAUUCAAUCGAAGAAAGUGAUUUCAUUGUCGAUACAACGGACAACGACGAUGACGACGACGACGACGAUGACACAAUGAAAAAUUCGAAUCAAGGUAGUAAUGAAACACAAAGACACCGAAACAGUGCGGAUGCAGCGGCGUCAACAAGUGCCGAUGCUGAGGAAGGAGAUGAUGUAAUUGCAAAAAUUCUGGCAAACACAAAAACACUGCGUACACAUCCGCCGACGAUUUCAAUCGACGAUUAUGUGGUUGAUCUAUCGUUUCAUCCGACAGAAGAUAUUCUAGCGGCCGGCACCAUUAGCGGCGACGCUGUAAUCUACAAAUACUCCGUCGAUGGAAAUGUACUGGCAAACACAUUGGAAUUACACGUUAAGGCAAUUCGUGACAUUGAAUUCAAUCAUGAUGGCAACGUUCUAUAUUCCGCAUCAAAAGACCGUAGCAUUCUAAUGACAGACAUGGAAACGGGCAAAUUUAUACGUUGCUAUGAACAGGCGCACGAACAGCCGGUGAGCCAAAUGAAUGUGUUCGAUGAAAAUCUAUUUGCCACCGGUGAUGACGACGGUACGGUCAAAGUGUGGGACAUUCGAGAAAAGGGUAACAAUCCAAUUUUCUCAUUGAAAGAAGUGGAUGAUUAUAUCACAUCGAUCCUAACAAACGAUGCAAAAAAGAUGCUACUCACAACAAGUGGCGAUGGCUAUUUGACGGCGAUAAACAUUGGCUCGAGAAAAUUAUCCGUUCAAUCGGAACCGUAUGACGAGGAAUUGACGUGCAUGGGCCUAUUCAGAAAUGAUUCAAAAUUAGUGGUGGGCACAUCGAAAGGGCGACUCUACACAUUUAACUGGAAUGAAUUUGGCUACCAUAACACAAUGUACCCUGGGCCCAAAACACCAAUGUCGCACAUGAUUCCGGUCACCGAUCGAGUUGCUGUGGUUGCGGGCGAAGAAGGUGUAUUACGUGCAUUGCAUUGUAUUCCAGGCCGUAAUCUCGGUGUUGUCGGUCAACAUUCAUUAGCGGUUGAUGCGAUGGACAUAGACCAGAGUGGUGAAUAUAUCGCAUCGUCGGCCGAUAACAAUGAAAUCAAAUUCUGGAAUAUAAAAUACUUUGAAGAUCUCGACGACAUCAAAUAUAAUGAGAAGCACAACAAAUCCAAAGAAAAAAACCACAAUCUCCCUUCAUCAAAACGGGAAAAUGCUGGCGAUUUCUUCAGCGAUUUAAUUUAAGAGAUAAAUAGCGCAUCAUUAAUGAUUUUAUCUUUUUUUUCUUUUUUUUUCUUGUUAAGUUCAAUAAGUUUAUUCACAUUGUUCAAAUCCCUCCUUUUUUGUAAACAAAAAAACGAACAAACAAGAUAAUAUUAAAUAUUUCCACUGGAAUCAAAGGAUUCAUGAAUAUAAA